GGGCGGGUAUAUAGUCCGCGCGGGACCUCGGGCGCCAUUCGCCGCGCGAUACCACGCGCAUGCGUACGCGAGUGACAGUUAAACUUCAAAAUGACCGCCAAAAUUUACGUACUGUGUCUGGUGCUCGCGACAGGGAUGGCCGCAAGGUCACGGCCCCGUCUGCAGCAGCCGAUCGACGCAUACGACUACGAACAAGAAGCGCAAGACCGAAGUGAUCAAAGGGUGGUUCUCGUAUCACCAGACGCGUACGACUCACUAUACCAGGCCCAAGACCGCAUCGACGAGGAGUACGAGCCCCGAGCGGUGCACCGGCCGCAGCCCCGCCUCAAACAGAACCCGGUGCAGGAUGGACCCAAGCAACCGCCUGUGCAAACUAUCAGGAACUAUAAUAAGGUAAACGACGACGGUAGCUUCACGUUCGGCUACGAAGCGGCCGACGGGUCCUUCAAGGAAGAAACCCGGGGCACUGACUGUGUGGUCCGCGGCAAGUACGGGUACAUUGACCCCGAUGGCAAUAAGAGGGAGUUCACCUACGUGUCCGGAAACCCUUGCGACCCCAACAAACCGAACGAAGACGAUGAACCAGAACAGCACGGGCCGGAGUCCGCGGAACGUGAUGAUGGAGAACCAAACUACCCCACCAGACCGGCCCUCCGACCAACCACCUCCCGACCGGCCACCACGUACUUCCAGAACGACUUCAGGGAUGCGGACGAGGAACCUGAAGAGGAACCCCUUCAGCAUAUCAGACAGCGUGUUGUUCAGAGACCGCAACCCGCCAGACCUGUUCUGCGACCCUCUUACCCAGCGCAACAGAUCGCGAUCACCCCCCGGCCCGUCCCCAUCCCAACCACUGCACGAGCCCUCCCACCAGCCACCACGUUCAGACCCCAGCUGGUGCAAGUGACCCCCAAGCCCCAGAUCCAAUACAGCCCGGAACCCAACUACUCCCCCUCUCCCGCUCCCGCCCCAGCUAGACCGAGCCAGAUUGACUUUGCCGCUGAGUUCGCGAAAUUCCACCGGGAGAACCAAAUUCAAUCGACUACUCCAGCCGCUUUGGCUCCAACCCGGUCUACAGCUGCCAGCCCGGCUCCAAGUGGAAAUCCCUUAUACUCAACUGAGCUAGUCUACGAUCCAUCAAGUGGUCAAUACAACACGCAGCUCUUCCAGAGCUUACCCCAAACUAAAGGGGAGUUGAACUUGAACCAGCGACUUCAGCCGUACGUGGCACAGCAGCAACAGCAGCAAUCCAGGCCAUUCAUUCCUUCACCUCAAAUCCCGAGUGGGCAAAGCCCGUAUAGACAGGUGCAAGCCAGCCCCCAAGAAGCAUAUCAGAGGCAGCAAGCUGAGUCCCAAUACCAGAACUCGGCACAACUGUUCGCUCAGCAACAGCAGCUGCAGCAGAGCCAGCUGCAAAGAGACAGAGCGGCCGCGCGAGCCCAAGCCCAAAGACUGGCCAUUCAACCCGCGCAGUCCCAGCGGGCGCAAUCCCCACAAUACUAUUACGUGCCCAGGGGGGGAGAGUCGGUGUCCUCAGGCCAGAUAGACGCCUUCCUCAGAGGCCACGGCAUCCAAAUAUAGACUAGCUAAUACCCCGACACCGUCCGGCCAUAAUCAGUAUAAGUGCGGUGUUUCGUUGGACUGUACAUAAUAUCAAGAUUAGUGAUAAGGUGGAUCCCAUAACAUCUGGGCAGUGUAAAUUUAAAUGUAGAGAUUUUGUAAUUUUUUUGUUUUAUAAUAAAUUAUACUUUAUAUAAAUAAA